CGAUGGGUCUCCUUAUUUCACGCAAAUCAUAAACCGCCACCAAACCGAAAAAGAAAGGAAAAAAAAAAUAGAUCCAUUUGUGAGGAAUCUUUUGAGCUUUCAACAAUGGAGUCAGCAGCAGCAGCAGCAACGACGAAGCCAACGAGAGGAGCCGGAGGAAGAAAAGGUGGUGAUCGGAAGAAGAGUGUUACGAAAUCCGUCAAAGCUGGUCUUCAAUUUCCCGUUGGUCGUAUCGCUCGUUACUUGAAGAAAGGUCGUUAUGCUAUCAGAUACGGCUCCGGUGCUCCUGUUUACCUCGCCGCUGUUCUCGAAUAUCUCGCCGCCGAGGUUCUGGAGCUAGCUGGGAACGCAGCGAGGGAUAAUAAGAAGAACAGGAUAAACCCUAGGCAUCUUUGUUUAGCGAUAAGGAACGAUGAAGAGUUGGGGAAAUUGCUUCAAGGAGUUACGAUUGCUAGCGGAGGUGUUCUUCCCAACAUAAAUCCAGUUCUUCUUCCUAAGAAAUCUCCAUCUCAGGCUGAGAAAGCUUCACCUGCUUCCAAGUCUCCUAAGAAGGCUUGAUUAAAAAUAAAAUAUGAUCUCGAUGUUGCUUUUGUUGGGUUUAUAAUCGGAUAUCGAGGACGAAGAAACAUCUUGCUUUUGUUUGUUUGUUUUGGUUUUAGUAGGGGUAUCGUGUAGGUUUCUGAAAUCAAUCUCCUCUUUGUUUUGGGUUGUCUAUGUAGAAAAACCAUGAGAAGAUUGAUUUAGUGUUUACGCAAUUUGUAAUGGAAAAUAACUACUUUCUGGGUUUAGCAAACAUCAUCCUCAUCCGUCUAAUAAAUUGCUCUUGUUUCGUACA